GAAAAGAAAAAUAAAUAUCUUGCGAUUUGUCUUUCAUAUCAAAUAAAUUAAAAUAAGUAAUAAAAACAAUGGAACUUCAGGCACAAGUGAAUUUAUUAAUAUGCCUUCUAAUAAGUGCCUGGCAAGCGAAUGGCGAUGAGAGAUUAUUUGGCCUAUUUUCGGACGAACUGACUUCUGGACAACUUAUUAUACCUCGAAAAGUAACAAAAUAUGGUGAACUUUUAACGUACAAUUUAACACAUCAUCAUACCGAACAUUAUCAACACAAUCGCAAGCGUAGAAACUUGCAGGAACGAUGUCAUUAUCAAACGGAAGCCGAGGUACAUUAUCAAAUGGAUAUUGAUAAUGAUACGCUACAUUUGGAGUUGUUGCCUCACAAUUACUUCAUGACACCGCAUCUGAUUGUUGAAAGACAUAAAAGAGAUUUACGUAUACGUAAGAAACCGCAAAAGAAUACAAAUUGUCAUUAUCACGGCAAAGUACGAGGACAUCAUCAGUCACGGGUGGCACUUUCGACAUGCAAAGGUUUGGUCGGUCAUAUAAAAAGCAAAAAUAAUGAGUAUUAUAUUGAGCCAUCAAAACAUCAUAUGUCUGCCCACACAAUUAGCAGCGGACAUCCACAUGUUGUAUUUCAAAGAUCGUCAAUUAACAAGAAGCAAACGUACGACAACAAGCUGAAUAACAAAAAUAAACGUAAACAAUUGCAGCAGCAGCAGCAGCAGCAGCAGCAGCAUAUAUUAAAACAACAGCAAAAUCCUAUGAAACGAGCGAAGAAGGCCUUCAGUAAUUGUGGCACUAAAGAACCGAAAAGACGAAUGGAAGCCAGAUUGGUGGAAUGGCAACCUCAGGGAAAGGUAAAAAUUCAAGGUGGCAGAAGAAUUCGUCGACUACGUCAUUCAAAGCAACACCACAAUCAUGAGACACAGCAACAGCAACAGCAACAGCAACAGCAACAGCUCUAUCAUCGUCAUUUUAUACAAUCAGAACAACAACAACAACAAGGGCAAUACAAAUAUCAAACCACAGAAACGGAUGUAAAACAACAAAACUAUCAUGAAUUUGAUGAAAAGAAUGUGAAAAACCAACGCAAUCCAAGAUCGACAGAACCAACAAUUGCAUUAAAACAUACAGAGAAACAACACCAACCACGACAUCAGAGUCACAGACCUGAACGUAUGAAACGCUCAAUUAGCAGCCCACGUCAUGUUGAAACGUUGAUAGUUGCCGACGCCACUAUGGUUGCUUUUCACGAUGACGUUGAAACGUAUCUUCUGACCAUAAUGAAUAUGGUUUCCGCUUUGUAUAAAGAUCCUAGCAUAGGUAAUGCUAUUGAAAUUGUUGUUGUUAAAAUAAUAUUGUUGGAGGACAACGAUGUGCAUAACGAUUUAAAUUUAACCGAAAAUGCUCAACAAAAUUUGGAUAUGUUUUGCGGCUGGCAACAUAAACUCAAUACUGGUAACGAUUUAGAUCCGCAUCAUCAUGAUGUAGCUGUGUUAAUCACACGCAAAAAUAUUUGCGGCAAUAAUUGCAUGACUUUAGGUCUGGCUAAUGUGGGCGGCAUGUGUAAACCCAAACAGUCAUGCAGCGUUAACGAGGAUAAUGGCAUUAUGUUGUCACAUACCAUAGCUCAUGAAUUAGGACACAACUUUGGCAUGUUUCAUGACACAGCUAAAAUAGGCUGCCAUCCACGUGUUGGAUCUAUAGUGCACAUAAUGACACCAACUUUUGGGGCCGAUACUUUACAAGUUUGCUGGUCAAACUGUAGCCGUAAAUUUAUAACACAUUUUCUAGAUCAAGGUCUUGGUGAAUGUUUAGAUGAUGCUCCAACACCGCUUGACAAGUACAUAUAUCCAGAUCAGUUGCCGGGUUUGCUGUAUAAUGCCGAGGAACAAUGUCGUCUUCAAUAUAAUGUUAGUGAUAGCGAGGUGCAGGCAUGUUCAUCGAUGAAUGAGAUUUGCUCGACUCUAUGGUGCCGGGUACAUGGUGAAUGUAUAACUAAUAUGCGGCCAACAGCGCCGGGUACUAUAUGUGGAAAACGUAAGUGGUGUCAAAAUGGACACUGCGUGCCUAUAGAACAAUUAACACCAAUAACUGGUGGCUGGGGUUAUUGGUCCGAAUGGAGUGAAUGUUCACGUUCCUGCGGCGGUGGUGUCUCCAUCCAGCAUCGUGAAUGUAAUAGUCCUAUGCCAGCUAAUGGUGGUGCCUUCUGUAUAGGCGAAAGAAAAAGAUACAAAAUUUGUAACUACGAAACAUGUCCAAAAGAAGAGCCCAGCUUUCGCGGUCAACAAUGUGAGAAAUACAACAAUGUUUCGUAUCAGGGAGCUCUUUACAAAUGGUUGCCAUUUUUCGAUAAAAAUAAUCCUUGUAAAUUGUAUUGUUCGGAUGAGGAUGAUACCAUCAUUGCCAAUUGGGGUGAUACUGUACUCGAUGGUACCCCGUGCACAUUGGGAAAAAACAACAUGUGCAUUGACGGUAUUUGCAAGAAAGUUGGUUGCGAUUGGAUUGUUGACUCUGACAUGCAAGAAGACCGUUGUGGUAUAUGCGGCGGAUCUGGGGAGCAUUGCAAGACGGUUAAAGGCUCUUUCAAUGAAACGAUUAAAGUCAAUGAAGGUUACGUAGAAGUAGUGGUGUUACCAGCUAAAGCCCGGCAUAUAGUUAUCAAGGAGCUGGAUAAUUCACCACAUUUUCUAGGUAUUGCUCAAGCAAACAGUAGUCGUUUCUAUUUGAAUGGCGAUGGUUUGAUAUCGAUGCCGGGCGAAUUUGUAAUAGCCGGUGCUGAAAGUUUAUACGAUCGCGAAGACGAACAAGAAACGAUACAAAUACCGCAAGCCAUACAACAUUCCAUUGCUAUUUAUUUGAUUGUCAGGAGUGAUGAACCAAGUGCUGGGAUUUAUUAUGAAUUUACUUUGCCAGCUUUGAAUGCUAGCUCUUCAAAGCAAUAUUUAUGGCGGUUAAGUGAAUGGACCGCAUGUUCGGUGAGUUGUGGUGGAGGUUUACAAUACCAAGAACCCAUGUGCUACGAAAAUGAUCAAGUUAUUCCCGAUAGUGAACUAUGUUGGGCAUUUGCUAUAAACGCUAGGCCAGAACGUUUAAAUAGGAAAUGCAGUGAUAUAACAUGUCCCGCACAUUGGUGGACGGGCCCCUGGCAGUUUUGUCCUGUGUCUUGCCGAUCGGAAAACGCUCCUCUACCAGUCAGAAGACGUAGCGUUAUGUGCCUAAAUCAAAAUGAAAUUUUACUCGACGACGAUGAAUGCAAUCCUUCAACACGGCCGGCAGAUGUUGAAUAUUGUGAACAGAAUUUACCCGAUUGUCAUGUUGCGGAAAAAUUACAAAAUUGGAUUGGCUUGGAGUUAAAAACAAAAAAGAAAGCAUAAUUCUCACUUUUUUACUUUCGAAUGUUUUGUUAGUUUUUUUUGUUAAAGAGUUUAAAACGUUUGAAUGAAUGUCGGAUUCAUAAUGAGAGUGUUUUCAAUUCAGUCAAUGAAUUAAAUUGAAUGCUAGAUCCUUAAUAAUUGGUAUUAAAAAAAAAAAAAAACACCUUAGAUUUUAAAUCUCAUAACUAAGUGAACGCAAUAUCGUCUUAAUAAUAUUUAUUUAUUAUAUUUAUUUAUGUGUAUCGUACACUGGAUAUAUUUGUAUUUAAAUUAAAU